GCCGGAGGCGAGGGGGCGGGGACUGGAGCUAGAAGAGCCAGGCUUUGAGUUGAAGGCGGGAAAAUGGCGGAUUCGUCGGUACGCGGCGUUGGGAAGCCUUCCUCAGGGGGUCCAAGUACUCCUAGUGGCGCUAAGGCGAAAGGAAGAAGAACACAAGGUGGAAAAGUGGUUGAGUCCCGAUACUUGCAGUAUGAGAAGAAAACCACCAAAAAGGCUCCUGCAACAGAUGCUUUAAAGACCAGUGAGAAGAUGCCUGAAGGUGGAAGGAAACCCAACCCACUCCAGAAGAGCAAAGAGAGCGGUGCAGUCUUCGGCAAAGGAGACCUGCAGUCUACAUUGCUGGAAGGACACGGCACCGCCCCGCCAGACCUGGAUCUCUCGGCCAUUAAUGAGAAAAGUGUGCUCAGAAAGACCCCACAAUUAGAAAAAACAAUGUCAAAGAAAACCGAGUCGACAUCAUUUUCCGCCUCACGGAAAAAGAACCCAGAUCUUUUCGAAGCGAUGGAAAUAAUGGAAUCCCAAACUUUACUCCUGACUCUGCUGACUGUAAAGAUCGAGAACAGUCUUGCUGCAUUUGAAGAAAAGGCGGAAAGGAAUUUAUUAAUGAUGUGCCAAGAGAAGGCGGAGCUCCAGAAGAAGGUCCAUGAGCUGAAGAGCAACCUUCUCCUCUGUCAGAGGAAGCAGGAGCUGUUGGAUGCCCUUGACGCUCAGAUCGAGAUUCUCAGCCCCUACGAGGCUGUGGCUGAACGCUUUAAGGAGCAGUAUAAGAUGUUUGCGACGGCCCUGGACACCACGAGGCAUGAGCUGCCCGUGAAAUCAAUCCACUUGGAUGGUGAUGGACAGCGAUUCUUAGAUGCCCUAAGCCACUGAUUAACUUCUAGACAGAGACUGCUGGGAGAAUUUGGAAUUGGCAGUUCAGAUGAAAAUGGGAAAGUAUUGGACCUGUUGAGCGAACUUAAGGAAAUGACCCAAAAGAAGGAUCUGGAGCUCCGAAGGAGCUUUGUCCAGGUGCUGGAACUCUCUGCCGGGGCGAGUAAAGAGGCAGCCUUAAUUAACCAGGAUGUGUGGGAAGAGGCCCGGGGCUCUGCGGCUUCCCGCCAGUGGUAUUUCAAUGAGGAGGGCGCCUGCGGGGAAGUUCAGGGAGUGGCCAGCAGCCCACUCGUCUCAGGUGCUGUCAAGCCACACGCUCUGUGAGUUCGUACACAGGCUGUGUCCUCAACCCAAGUGGAUGCCUUCCUGCAAACCUUCAAGAAGAAAGCACAUCCUGUGCCAUUUGUCCAGGGCUCAUCUGUGUCACAGAGGCACGGAUGUGAUAUUCUAGAAACUCAAGCACUUUAGUCACUUAGUUCCACAGUAUAUCUGUUUUUGUAUGAUAAUCUUAUUUGAUAUUUAAAAAAUAAAACUGUUUGGCAGUUGA